ACGGUCGUCACCUACCUGUUGAAUAUUACCUACUGUUUAAUGAUCGAGUCAGGUGUUGGGUUGACAACUUACUCACUGUCGGAGAACAAAGUCGAACCUGGGGAUAAAGGAUAGUCAGUCGAGUUUAGUCGAGGUAAAGGCGGAAGGAAGGAGGAUUUGUGGAAGAGGUAGCCACUCCAAUGUUUUAACCGGACAGACAGACCACCGGAUUUAUCAACAGACCAGAAACAGAUUUAUUGACGCCGCCACACGAUGCCUUUAGGACUGAGACGAAAGAAGAACAAGUCGAGGGAGAGCUCGAACCUGGUGGAGAAUGAGGAGGUCGGUGGACCCACCGGUGGGCGCUCCGUGAAGUCGACCGUAAACGGAGCGGGGCUCCCACCGCCACCUGCCAACCUGCGGCCCAAACUAGUGUUCCACACUCAGCUCGCCCACGGCAGCCCCACGGGAAGGAUCGAGGGAUUUAAUAACGUCAAAGAACUCUACGGGAAAAUAGCUGAGACGUUCAAUUUAAGUCAACCGGAGAUCCUAUUCUGUACAUUGAACACCCAUAAGAUCGACAUGGAGAAGCUGCUUGGUGGUCAGAUCGGCCUGGAGGACUUUAUAUUCGCCCACAUUAAAGCCAUUAAGAAGGAGGUGGAGGUGUUUAAGUCAGAGGACGCCCUGGGCCUCACCAUCACAGACAACGGGGCGGGAUACGCCUUCAUCAAGCGUAUCAAGGAGGGCAGUGUGGUGGACAAAGUGAAGGUGAUCUCUGUAGGAGACCACAUAGAAUGCAUCAACGGGAAGAACAUUGUGGGAUCACGUCACUACGAGGUGGCUCUCAUGCUGAAGGAGCUGCCGAAAGACCAGAAGUUCACUCUCAAACUGGUGGAGCCCAUGAAGGCCUUCGAGAUGCUGGAGCCGCGGUCAAAGGGAGGCAAGGAGGCCAGUGACAAUAAGAUGGGGACAGGGAGAGGGACUCUGAGACUUCGCUCCAGGGGCCCUGCUACCGUAGAGGAAGUGCCUACAGAGUUUGAGGAGAGAGCAGUGAAGAAGGUGGAUGACCUACUGGAGACUUACAUGGGUAUCAGAGAUACAGAACUGGCGGCAACCAUGGUGGAGGUGGGUCGGGACAAGAAGAACCCUGAUGAGUUUGCCAUGGCUCUGGACGAGGCUCUCGGGGACUUCGCUUUUCCUGACGAGUUUGUGUUCGACGUCUGGGGCGCUAUCGGAGACGCCAAACAGGGACACGUUUGAACUUUCCCCUGAUUCCCUAGCCUGGUCCCAGAUCUGUUUACAGCUGGCAAGACCUCACAAACAGAUCUGGGACCAGGCUACCAAUCCCCCUGAGUACCACAGCUCCACGUCCUCAACCAGCCAACUGGACAAAUACCAGCCAGUAGAGAAAGAGGCUCUGUUUUGUAGGGUUACCAGUGUUGCACCCUAAAAGACAGAAUCGCUUCAGUCAUGUCCCACUCAACCUAGUUUUCUGCUUGUGUCCCAAAUGGCCCCUCCAUAUUCCCUUUAUAGUGCACUACUCAUAGGGCCCUGGCCAAACGUAGUGCACUAUAUAGGGAAUAGUGUGCUAUUUGGGAUAUACAUUCUAUGUCCUUUUUCCACAGGUGACAAAAGGGUUCUGAUGUCUGAAUCACCACUACAGCACUUGUCUUUAAUGACUGUGGUGAACCGACAUGGUGAUCACAUACAGUAGACUACUGUUUCUCAGGGCUUUUUAGAAUAGUUCUUAAAAUGUUGCUGUAGUCUGAACAGCAGCGAUGUAGUUAUAGUGAUGUAUUAUAUAUUGAUACUUAUGUUAAAUACCCCCCCAACCCCCUCUACUCCAUCGAUAAUGCUGUUAAAUACCCCCCACCCCCUCUACUCCAUCGAUAAUGCUGAUAAAGACGCCCCCACCCCUCUACUCCAUUGAUAAUGCUGUUAAAGACCCCCCACCCCUCUACUCCAUUGAUAAUGCUGUUAAAGACCCCCCACCCCCUCUACUCCAUCGAUAAUGCUGUUAAAUACCCCCCACCCCCUCUACCCCAUUGAUAAUGCUGUUAAAGACCCCCCCCCCUCUACUCCAUUGAUAAUGCUGUUAAAGACCCCCCACCCCCUCUACUCCAUUGAUAAUGCUGUUAAAUACCCCCCACCCCCUCUACUCCAUUGAUAAUGCUGUUAAAGACCCCCCACCCCCUCUACUCCAUCGAUAAUGCUGUUAAAGACCCCCCACCCCCACCCCCUCUACUCCAUUGAUAAUGCUGUUAAAGACCCCCACCCCCUCUACUCCAUCGAUAAUGCUGUUAAAUACCCCCCCCCACCCCCUCUACUCCAUCGAUAAUGCUGUUAAAGACCCCCCACCCCCUCUACCCCAUUGAUAAUGCUGAUAAAGACGCCCCCACCCCUCUACUCCAUUGAUAAUGCUGUUAAAGACCCCCCACCCCCUCUACCCCAUUGAUAAUGCUGUUAAAGACCCCCACCCCCUCUACUCCAUUGAUAAUGCUGUUAAAGACCCCCACCCCCUCUA